CUUUGUCUUAUAUUCCAUUUCUCAUCGACUAUAUAACCACCCUUUCACCUUCAACUUUUUAACACUUCAAUUGCAACAAUCUCUUCACUCCUCCCUCAUAACCCUCUUUCCCCUCUUCCAUUUUCCCCACAAAGUUCCCAUCUUUGAAUCAUUAUGAUGAAAGUGGUACUGAAGGUGGAACUCUAUGAUGACAAAAUCAAGAAAAAGGCCAUGAAGAGAGUGUCUGGAAUUUCAGGGGUUGAAUCGGUCUCUGUGGACAUGAAGGACCAGAAAAUGACCGUAAUUGGGAGUGUGGAUUCUGUUAAAGUGGCGAUAAAGCUUAAAAAACUGUGUCAUGCUGACAUACUUUCAGUUGGACCUGCGAAGGAAGAGAAAAAGGAAGAACCAAAGAAAGAAGAGAAGAAGCCAGAAGCCAAGAAAGAUCCAAAGGAGGAAUAUGCUGAAGCUCUGAAGGUGUAUGAAGCAUAUUUUAACCAAAUUAGACAGCAACCAUAUCCAUAUUACUAUUACAGAACAGUGGAAGAGAAUCCAACUGGCUGUGUUAUUUGCUAAUAAGUAUUGGAAAAUGAUGGGGUUUAAGGGAUAAUAAAAGAGAUUAAGAAAAGAAGACAGUGGCUGGAGUUGAUGAAGGGGGAGUCAUGUUUCUUUUGGAAUCUCCAUUUUUCUUCUUUUCUUUGUUAAGUUUUGGCCUUUCUUCUUGUAAAAAGUUCAGAAGAAAACAGAAGUCUAAAAGUUGAGAAAUAUCUUAUGUACAUUAUUUUGUAUUUUGUGGUGUAAUACAGUGUGUUCAAAGUUUUAGCAUGGUUGCUAUAGAAUUAAGAAUUGAGAAAUCGGUUUUAUUAAA